AUGGCGGACCAAGGCGACGUACUGGACAAGCAGCCGCAGUCUUCAGAAACUCUAGAACAAGUCAAGCAAAGCAUGGCGCAACUUUCGCCUGUUUCUCCUCAUCAGGAUAACAGCAGUGUUUUCAGAGGGUUCUUUUCCAGUGGUGGUUUAAACCAAGGAAGGUCCACGUCUCGCUUGCCAUUCUCCUUUGGAAGUUCUAUGAGGAGAUCUUCCUCGUAUAUCAACGACACACCUCAAGCACCGGCUCCCUCGACAAUCCAGGACUCAGGUGCAGCUGCUACGCGAGACAUGGUGUCAAGAGCCCCCCAUCGGGAGCAGGAUACCAAUACUGGCCCAAGAGAGACCAACUUAAUGCCUCCGCAACGAAGACUGGUUCCUACUCCGCCGCCUUCCACGCAGAAACAUGGAACAAGUGAGAACCGCGGAGUAGAAUCACCCACACCAUCGCGUACACAUCAUUAUUCUGGGAUGAUGGCUGGAGAUGGAAGCAUAGAUGCCUCUGAACAUUUAUCUCCCAGCAACUCAGGCCAGAUGCACGAUGAUCAAUCUCUCGUCUUCCUUCCACCAUCCAAUUCGCGGAAAAUGGUCUCAGCUGGGAGGAAUGGUCGAGGAACGGACGUGGGGAUUCUAGGAAACAUUGAAGUGGAAAAUGAACUCGCUGCAACGAUGAUGAACCUCGCUGGCCAUAUUCAACAGCAGAAUUCGAGUAGACAGAGAAAGUUGGAGGAGUUGACUGAAGAGUUGAAUAGAGCCAGACUUUGUAUGCAAGAGCAGGCGGAAACGAUUUCAAAACUCAAGGAAAAUAGUCAAGUAGUCAUCUCGGCUAUCACAGGACAACGUGAAAAGAUUCAGCUGAACCAGGACAGGUUUGGUACAAUGAGAUGGUCCAGACGAAAAAUGAUUCCGUUGUAG